AUGUUAUGUAAACAGAGAGGAUGUCAUUUCUAUAGUGAACGAAGACAUAAUCAAGGAAGAGGACCAUGCAAUGUUUUUAUAUUAGAUACAUCGUCAAAUAUGGGACAAGAUGGCCCUAUACAGAUGAAAGAUACAUUUUGUACUAUCAUGGAUGAAUAUGCCAGAUACUCUGAAAUGGAUGAAAAUGUAGCUGUGGUGAUAUGUGGAAGGGCAACAACAUUUAUACACUACUAUUCUAAUAAUUAUGACCAGAUAAAACAUUGUAUAGAUGACGUUGAAUAUGGCGGACCGUGUCCCCUUACCGCGGCCUUUAUCCUAUCUUUAGGAGGUGUUCUUAAAAGAGCAGGACAUACGAGGGUGAUGGGAAGAUUUUAUGUGCAUCCCCGGUUCAUUGUAAUUUCGGCUGGAAGGCCAACCGACUUCACCUUAGUGAACCAUAUGGAGGAAGUUGAGGAUAUUUUUGAAAUUUGUACAAAAAUGUCCCUAUUUAAACCAAUGGAUCAGAGUGAAGAAGAGUCUAUCAACAGCAAAAAAGAUAUGAAUUCACUCAUAGAGUGGGACCCUCGUAUGCCCCCGCUUGGCAGUAGAGUGAGAAGGAGUCCGGGCGGUCAUUUGGGUACUAUGGAGAGACAUAUCAUUGGGACUGUGAUUGAGCAUUCUAAAGAUGUUGGAUGGUUGAUUGUCCACUGGGAUGGAGAUUCUGUGGAUAAGUGUAGAUAUGGAUCAUCCAUUGAACAGGAAUAUAAAUAUGACGUCAUCGUAUGCGAUGUACCUAGGAUAUUAGAGAAUGAGCUUAUAGCCACUGGGUGCUUGGUAUAUAGAGGUCCGGACUGGAAAUAUGGUGAUCAAGAUGGCGGUCAAGGAAGUUCGGUGUAUAAGGCAUCCCCUAAUGGAAUUGUUGAGGUUCGUUGGCAGAAUGGUUCUAAAAAUAACUAUCGAUUUGGAUUUGGUGGUGAAUUUGACCUUUCUAUAUACGAGCCUUUCUCAGCAGACGCAAACAGAUUUUUAGAGGAUCAACAAAGAUGCGCUUCCUCAAAACUGCCAGAGACUAUGCAAAAUAUUUAUACUGAAAUUCCAACAGCAGAUACUCAAAGAUCAGGGAAAGAGAUAUUAAAAAUUGAAAGUGAAACUAAUGUGGAAACGUUUCUUAAAACUUCAAAAGGGACAUAUUUCAAAAAUGACAGGGUUGAAACUGACGAUGAAUCAGAUUUGGACCUAGAUUAUUCUGACGUCACAGUCCCAUCUCUUUAUUGUGAUCACUGGUUAUGGAAGGAUAACAAUGGCAUAUGGAAUCAUUAUUCAAGGAGAAUAAAUGAAAAAUUGAUGAAGAAUUUUAAGAGAAACCCAACCUCAACCGUUGUCAUCACAUUAAAUGAUGAUUUUUAUGUUCAUCCUUAUGAUAGAAUGUUUGCUUUGUAUUACCUGUAUUAGUUUUGGAUAAUAAAUUUCCGUUCAGUUAAAGCUGAACACGACUCGUAAAUAGGUAUACGCCAUUUUCGAUAUCAUUAUCUACGAUACAUCAACACACACAAGAGUAUACUCUUCAGAUUCGUAUCACCUAACUGCUUUAUUGUCACUGGUAUCGGUGUAGAUUGGCGACCCAUGUUCGUGCUGGUUAUCUUGCAUUACCUUUGUUUACAUUUAUUGCAGUUACAUGUAUCUGUGUUUGUUUGUAUACUGCACUGACCUGUAUAACUCUACUUGUAAGUUUCUUUGGUGUCUUACUUUCCAGGAUUAGACGAAGUAAUUACUUUAUUAUUGUCGCUUCCGUGAGCUGUAUAACAUAAUUCCGUCUACACCGAUGUCGACUGAUUACACUGAAAGGUGUUUAAGUCCUGUCCUUUAUAUAGGGGUCUGCAGAUAUAGCGAGAAUCCGAACAAAAAUGGCGGAAACAUUUUUUUACGAAUCGUUUUCAGCUUUAAAAUAUAUUUUCAGAUCUUACAUAUUUAUAUCUUCUUCGUCGUUUGUUUUAUAGGUACAGAGUGGUUUUUGCAAAGAAUAUGCAGAUUAACUUGAUUACAAGGGAAAAAAUGGAAGUAAAACUUGUGAAGAAUGACGUUUGAAAGUUAUGCAUGCAUUAUUUGGUUGUCAAG